UCAAUCUCAUUAUCGUCACAUCUGAAAUGUUUUGGAGUUUGAGAACACCGGGGCGGCCCGUCACAAGCAGCACCGCAGAGCGGAACAUAGGGAAGAUCUUCAGUUAUAAAAAUAAACGAGCCUGGGCGAAAGAACUCGGGUCCCUGUGUCUUUAAGAGGCAGAUCUGCGCUUUGUUCCAUUGAAGGGGGAGGGAGGGCUGUGCUUCAGAAAGAAAACAGCUUGCAUGGCUCAAUGGAGUCUCUGAAACAGGAUGCCAAGGGAAAUCCACGAAUCUUUCCACGGGAGCGAAAAGCAUCAACGAGAAUAUACGGGAUAUAAAAAAAAGGAACCCAAAGGGGCUGAUAAUAAUAAUAAUAAUAAUAUGCGAGUGCAAGGCAGUGAUUAGUGUCCUGCGGUGCGCCUUUUGUUAAGAUCGCUUGUGUUGUUUUCAGGCUGAAAAGGUAAAGAAAGAGGGUGCAAAACGGGUGGAAAUACUGUACUAGACAACCUGGAUUGACUGCAGUGUGAUCCAAUCAAUACCCCCGUAUUGCUGAAGCGGGGCAAGAAAGUACAGACAGACUGGUUUUCAUGUGGACUGAUGCAGAUGCAGGUGCCGCCGCUGCAUGAAAAAAGCUAAAAAAAACAACUUUAAAUAAAUAGGGGAGAAAAAAUACAAAUAUAUAUAUAAAUAACCGCACUGUAGGUAAGCAGUUGUUUAAUAAAUAAUUAUUAUUUUUGUAUUUUAUAUCAAGAAUAAAAAGCCGAGUUAGUGCAGAAUCAUCGCUCUAAAGAUUUGACCCUCGUUUAUACAGCGGGGUCCCUGAAGUUCGGAUUACAUUUUUUUUGGCACCGGGUGGCUAGCAUUAGGAAUACAGUACUGUGUUUCAUUGUUGUUGUUCUGAGUAGUGACUGAGGAGUUUGAAAUCAAAAUGGACCAGUGAACUGCUCAGCAUCGGCCCACCGUUUUGAAGGGGAAGAUCUUGCAAAUUGUUUUUGUAGAUUCCCCGAGUUUGCAGAUUUUUUUUUUUUUAAGGAAAGGGAACGAAAAAAACGGGAGGAAAUGGCCAUGGCUACGACGAAUAACUUAUUUUCCAAUGGAUCCGUUCCCUGGAUGGGGAGUGAAACCGAGGCCAACAGCCUGUAUAGAGACCUUGAGCUCGGGACCGUCCUAACUCUGUUCUACUCCAAAAAGUCUCAGCGGCCCGAGAGGAGAACGUUUCAUGUCAAACUCGAGACGAGACAAAUCAUCUGGAGCAGAGGGACGGACAAAAUAGAAGGAGAAAUUGAUAUCCGCGAGAUCAAGGAGAUUCGAGCGGGCAGGAACUCGCGGGAUUUUGAGCGCUGCAUCGAGGAUACCUCUGUGCGGCUGGAACACUCGCUCUGCUUCGUCAUUCUGUAUGGCACAGAGUUCCGCCUCCGAACCCUCAGUCUCGCAGCCACUUCAGAUGAAGAGAUGACCAUGUGGGUUAAGGGCUUGUCCUGGCUUGUUGCGGACACACUCAAUUCUUCCACACCCCUGCAGAUUGAAAGGUGGUUAAGGAAGCAGUUCUAUGCAGCGGAUCGCAGCAGAGAAGACAAGAUUUCCUCAAAGGAUUUGAAAAGCAUGCUGUCUCAGGUCAACUACAAAGUCCCCAACAUGAGGUUUUUACGAGAGAAAUUUCCGGAUGUGGAAUUGAAGAACGGGGAUGUCUCCUACAGCCAGUUUGCCCAGCUGUAUCGCAACCUGAUGUAUGAUGCUCAGAAAUCUAUGGAGAUUCCUUUCAUCCAAAGAGUUGACGAGAGACCAGAUCAGCAUAAAGUCACCAUGGAUGAAUUCCAGUCAUUUUUAAUUGAUUAUCAAAAGGAGCUGUGGGCUACAAACAUUAGCCAGGUCAAGCAGUACAUGAAGACCUAUCUGAAGGAUCCUCUGAGGGAGGUUGAAGAUCCUUAUUUUUACCAGGACGAGUUUCUGACCUACUUGUUUUCCAAAGAGAAUACUAUCUGGGACUCCAAACUGGACCAGGUGUGUCCUGAAGACAUGAACAACCCCCUGUCCCACUACUGGAUCUCCUCCUCCCACAACACCUACCUGACCGGGGACCAGUUCUCCAGUGAGUCCUCUUUGGAAGCCUACGCACGCUGCCUGAGAAUGGGCUGCCGAUGUAUUGAGUUGGAUUGCUGGGAUGGUCCAGAUGGGAUGCCAGUGAUCUACCACGGGCACACCCUCACCACCAAAAUCAAGUUCAGUGAUGUGCUCAAUACCAUCAAGGAGCACGCCUUUGUCACAUCUGAAUACCCUGUCAUCCUUUCCAUUGAGGACCACUGCAGUAUAUUGCAGCAGAGGAACAUGGCCACCACCUUCAAGAAGGUGUUCGGAGACAUGCUGCUCACCAAGCCAGUGGACAUCUCGGCCGACGGGCUGCCCUCGCCCAAUCAACUCAAGAGGAAGAUCCUUAUCAAGCACAAGAAGCUGGCAGAGGGCAGUGCCUAUGAGGAGGUCUCCACAUCCACCCCCUACUCUGAGAACGACAUCAGCAACUCCAUCAAGAAUGGCAUCCUGUAUCUCGAGGACCCCAUCAACCAUGAGUGGUACCCUCACUUCUUUGUGCUGACGAGCAAUAAGAUUUAUUACUCCGAGGAGACCUCGAUAAACCAGGGCAGCGAGGAUGAUGAGGAGCAGAGGGAGGCGUCGAAUGGGAUGGACCUGCACGUGACAGAGAAGUGGUUCCACGGGAAGCUGGGCGCUGGGCGAGAUGGCCGUCAGAUCGCAGAGAGGUUGCUGUCCGAGUACUGCUUAGAGACUGGGGCCCCGGACGGCUCCUUCCUCGUUCGAGAGAGCGAGACGUUCGUGGGAGACUACACCCUCUCAUUCUGGCGCACUGGCAGGGUGCAGCACUGUCGGAUCCACUCGCGCCAGGAGGCCGGCAGCCCCAAGUUCUACCUGACUGACAAUCUGGUGUUCGACACCCUCUACUCCCUCAUCACGCACUACCAGCAGGUACCACUGCGCUGCAACGAGUUUGAGAUGAGGCUGACCGAGCCCGUCCCGCAGACCAACGCACACGAGAGCAAGGAGUGGUACCACGCUAACCUGACCCGCAGCCAGGCUGAGAACAUGCUGAUGCGGGUCCCUCGUGACGGAGCCUUCCUGGUGCGCAAGAGGACCGAGCCAAACUCCUACGCCAUCUCCUUCAGGGCUGAAGGGAAGAUCAAGCACUGCCGGGUGCAGCAGGAAGGCCAGCUGGUGAUUCUGGGGAACUCUGAAUUUGACAGCCUGGUGGACCUGAUCAGCUACUUCGAGAAGCACCCACUGUACCGCAAGAUGAAGCUGCGUUACCCCAUCAACGAGGAGACGCUGGAGAAGAUCGGCACAGCUGAACCCGAUUAUGGAUCUCUGUAUGAAGGACGCAACCCAGGAUUCUAUGUGGAGGCGAACCAGAUGCCUACGUUUAAGUGCACAGUAAAGGCGCUGUUUGAGUACAAGGCCCAGCGAGACGAUGAACUCUCGUUCAUGAAGAACGCUGUGAUCCAUAAUGUGGAGAAGCAGGAGGGUGGCUGGUGGAAGGGGGAAUAUGGUGGCAAGAAGCAGCUGUGGUUUCCAGCCAAUUACGUGGAGGAGAUCAGCCCAAGCACACUUGAACCAGAGAGCUCUCCGCUGACCGAGAACAGCCCCCUGGGUGAUCUGCUUAGAGGAAGUAUUGACGUGCCGUCCUGUCAGAUCGCUGUGCGCGCGGAUGGGAAGGGCAGUCGUCAGUUUGUCUUCACGCUCGCCAUGGGCCCAGUGCAGAGGGCUGGCCACGCUCUGGACAUCGCUGCCGACUCGUAUGAGGAGAUGCAGGACUGGGUGCUCAAGAUCCGCGAUGUGGCGGUGACUGCCGACGCCAGGCUGUCAGAAGGGAAGAUGAUGGAGAGGAGGAAGAAGAUUGCUCUGGAGCUCUCUGACCUGGUUGUCUACUGCCGGCCCGUCCCCUUCGACGAGGACAAGAUCGGCACGGAGCGUGCCUGCUACAGGGAUAUGUCCUCCUUCCCAGAGACCAAGGCUGAGAAAUACGUCAACAAGAUCAAAGGCAAGAAGUUCCUGCAGUACAACCGUCUCCAGCUCUCCCGCAUCUACCCCAAGGGCCAGCGCCUGGACUCCUCCAACUACGACCCCCUGCCCAUGUGGCUGUGCGGGAGUCAGCUGGUGGCCCUCAACUUCCAGACCCCAGAUAAGCCCAUGCAGAUGAACCAGGCUUUAUUCAUGCUGAAUGGGAAGAACGGCUUUGUCCUGCAGCCGUCCAUCAUGAGAGAGGAGACCUUUGACCCCUUCGAUCGGAACUCCCUUCGGGGAAUGGAACCAAUCACUGUCCAGAUUGAGGUGCUGGGCGCACGCCACCUCCCCAAGAACGGCAGGGGUAUCGUCAGCCCGCUGAUCGAGAUUGAAGUGUGCGGGGCCGAGUACGACAGCGGCAAGCAGAAGACUGACUCCGAAGCGGACAAUGGGCUGAACCCCACGUGGCCCAGAAAGAAGUUCCAUUUCGUCAUCUGUAACUCGGAGUUCUCUUUCCUGCGGUUUGUGGUGUACGAGAUCGACAUGUUCAACGACCAGAACUUCCUCGCACAAGCUACCUUCCCCGUCAAGGGACUCAAGACAGGCUAUAGAUCGAUACCUCUGAAGAACAGCUUCAAUGAAGAUCUGGAGCUGGCAGUUUUGCUUGUCCAUGUGGAGAUCUUCAGUGGCAGGCACGAGAAUGGGGAUGCGAGCCCCUUUGUUCUUGCAGCCCAGUCAGUCCGGGAGAGGACCAGCGACCCCUCCUCCGGCCUUCACCUGGCGCAGUGCGGGCGGGAGGGAUCGCUCGAGACGCGCUGCCAGACCCCACUCGAUGACUUCCGUCUGUCCCAGGAGCACCUGCUCGAGCAAGCCGACUCCAGAGACAGAAGAGAAGAGUUUGACAGACAUGGGACAUUAGAGUACACCCAGCAUGUUGUGAACGCUGAAUAAUAAUUGAUGCGGAGGACCCGGGUGAGUGGAGACAACCGUUUGUAGACGAAGCGGGGCCUGUUUCAAGUGCCUCCAGUACUGAUGAUGUCACUGACUGCUGUGAAAACUGGUUUCUAUGGAAACGUUACCGCUCUGGCCUACAUUUUCAGGCAGCUCUUCCUUGUUCUCACCUGUCCUAGGCCUCACAGAACUUGUGCAGAAAAGCCAUCAGUUACAAGAAAGAAUGCAUUUGAUCUGUCCUUGUUAAAAAUAAAAAUGUGCUGUUAAGCAUCAGUGGGUGAAGCAGAAAUUGCCCAAAAUGGUUGUUUUGAAAACCAGUUUCAAACUGGGAUCAGUUGUUUUCGAUGCCAAUAAUAUAUUUAUUCCUGUUCUGCUUGGCAAAGUAAAGCUUUUAAGUAGCUAGUGAAGCCCAUCUUCUUUUCAGGAAUAGAGGUAAGACUGUGUAGCUCAGUAUUUUCCCUCAUGUCUGGUCAAAGAUCUGCAUUGAUCACCUGGUUCUGGGUGGAUAAUCAGUUUGUAAGAAAAGACGUGUGUAUUGGACUCUCAAUAGAUUCCUCUCACUCCCCCUACUGCCUCAGCAAUCCAUUCCAGCCAGGGUGGGGACCUAAUGUCCAGCUCCUAAAGCACUUCGUACUAAUCAGUUUGGCUACGAGAACGCGUCAGUAAUUUGAGCCCUGACAUGCUCACUAGUGCAACAAAGCUUUUAAAAUCCAGGUCUGUCCUGAGGAGACUGAUAAAAGUAGUAGCUCCAGUGAGGGUUUAUUAUUUGAAACAUUUUAUUCUUCACCUAUAUCCCCAUGGUUUGAAAGGUUGUCCGUGUAACUGGAGUUGGUAUGUUCUACAGACACACAGUGUGGAUUUAGCCUACCCUUCACUUUGUCUUAAAAUAAAGUCAAAUACUUAAAAGAUGCAUGAUAAAGAGGGCCUGAUUGUAGCUACUAUGUAUUAUUUGCUUUUUUUUUCUUAACGUUCUCUUUUUUAUUGUGCUCGGCUUUUAUGUUUAGCAAAGUCUCGUUUUAUCUGAAUUUAAUCAGAUUUGUUUGUACAUAAGCUUUUUAUCUUGUGGAGAUAAAGUUACAAAGCUCCCAGGAAAUGCAGUGAAUAAUGACAGUCCAGUUCGCUCUGUACACUACUGCCUGACCAAAUAAUACAUGAACCCUUCUCUACAAUCUGCACUCCGAGCUCUUGUAUGUCUACCCCCUUUGUUAGGAUAACGUCAGACUUUUUUUUUUUAUUUUAAGUUAAGUGCUGUAAUAAUGUUAAAGUCUGAGUGGAUUGAGGAAGUAAUUUGUCUUUUUUUAACAGUGUGAUUAUUUUAUCAGUCGGGGUGUUUUUGUUUUGCUUUUCAUUUCUUUUUAUUUCUGUCUUUUACGCACAGAAUUGCUUAUCAAACUUUAUAGAAGCAUCAAACCAGCCACCUUGGAAUUGUUUCCUGUAGCUUGAAUAGGAAGAAAAGGAAGUUUUUUUUUAUUAUGACUGUUAUAAUGUAAAUACAAUUUCCAUACUCUCUUAUUAGACAAAUCCAUGCAAAACUGUGAAAAGUCCAGUUUUAAACAGUUACAGCUCAUAUGACAGACCCUGGUUUAGCACUAAUCUUGUUCUACCUAAUGUCACCUAAGGUAGCCCAAUUGUAUUCUGUGCAACCAGCCAGCAGCAUUGGAGCAGGUAAGCACACUGUUCACAAGCACAAGCAGCUGUUUACCUUGCAGUCGCUUACCUGGAGCACUAGAGGCUCAUCACACAGGUACACGCUGGAUAUACAAAACCCACUUCAGUGUUUUCUGAAACGGCAGAUUCAGAUGAGAGAGAGCUCUAGCUCCAAUAUUCUUGCCAGACAGUGAUGUAUCAGGUGAGAUAUUACUGGUCCUGUUAAUCCCUGUACAGUUACUAACCACCCAACCAGUAUUAGCCAGUGUAUUUCUCACCUGAGUUUUUUUUAGUCUCGACUCUAUACCCUAUCAUGCCUCUGUGUGUGUAUUCCUACUUGACUAAUAACAAAUUAUACUGUAAACAACAUCUGCAAAUUAAUACAUUAAAAGGAGAGCUGAAGACUGCAAAUUAGUCACACAAACAGCACACGUGUGACUUCCUUCCUGUGUUCCUGGCACACCGAGCAGCGAUUAAACCAGUUCUGUGAGAACGUCUGCUUCAACUAGCCUUAGUGAUCGCACACUGAAAUGUUUUGAGGGUGAUCUUGAACUCCUCCACCGUGGCAAAAUGAAGAGUCGAUUUAAUGAAUCUACUGGAGACUGCAGUUAGGUUAAGUGCUGGGCCAGGCAUAAUUGUCUGUCUAACCAGUCCAACAGCAAAAACACACACAAAACAACCAAGCUAACUGUUCUGGGACUGGUGGGUCAUCCUGUAGAAUUGCAGGAGUUGUGUGUUGAAUUAGUCACAGUGCAGUUUUAGGAUGACAAAAUGUAAUGCAAAAUACUGAAUCCUGAUCUCGUCAUUGUAUUUCCUCCUUCUGCUAUCAUUUUUUUUUUCUGUGUUAAGUCUGUCUGGCUCUCAGAUUCCUGUGCGUAAUGGGCAAUGUGGGUAUGCAAAUUGUUCUCCCAGCCACGAACACUUAACCAGCCGGGGUUCCAGUGUUUCCACACCUCUAGUAGAAUGUUAGAGUUCCACCAAUAAGGAGGGGUAGAAUGGUGUUGGUCAAGAAUUGGGACGAGAAAAAAGGACCAAUUGGGAGUCUGGAAUUCUAAAUGAGGGGACCAAUAGGAGGGUACAGUGUAUAUAAGUCAGCCGAGUCAGACUGGGUGUACAGUGUUUAAAUGCAAAGGUUUUUUUUAUUUUUUUUAUAUGCCUGUUACUAAAGGUACAUUCCCCCUGCUCAGUGUUAUUUAGGGGAAAAACCUAAUUGCUAUUUUUUCAAUUACCUGUAUUGUCCAAUAUUCCCUGAGUGAGACUAAUUAUGCUGCCUAAAAAUACUCCGUGAUGAAAAGAUCACAAAUAUUGUAUAUCAACCUGACUGAAGGUUGAAUAAAAAUUCUGUCAGAACUAGGUGUCUGUCAUGCAACAGUAUCCCUGUUGCAGUCACUGAAGCCUGCCUUACAUACCAAAAAAAUUCCAAACCCCAUAACCCUUCUGCAUUCCCACACUUUAUUCCUAUGCUCAAACCGCUGAGUUAAUCAUGUUCGAUAUAUUAGGGACAAAGGGGCAGUUAAGCAGUCAUGUUAUUUAUAAAAUUACAAAAAUGAACAGGGGUUAAGAUGUUAAUUUGGAUUUGGCAGGCUACUGAGAUUUAUAACUUGCAGCUUUGUGCUUCUUAAAGUACGCAAAGCUAGAAGCGUGCAAUAGUUUUCUUUCCUGUAAUGCAACUUUUGUUUUUCAGGGUUUAGGUCAAUAACCAGAUCAAUUCAAUUAAGCAGACUGCUUACAUUACUCCUGUUCGUCCAAGCCACCGAACGUUGUUAUGAGGUGUUCCACAGCAACCUCUUGCUGUUUCCAUCCUGAAACCCUGUUAGAUCAGUUUUUAAAAGGUGCCCAAUUUGUCAGAGGCGACCAGAAAUAGGGAUACAGGAGCCGGGUGCUGCUUCCGUUCUCUUUAGCUUCAACGUGCCUCCGUAUCUUGUGAAUUACUUGUUGAAUUUGUGUCAUUUUUUUGUUGUUUGUUCUACUUACAAAAAGAAGCCUUUCUGUAAUGUGCCUAAGCUAAGACAAAUGUACAUUUCUUGUUGCCUUUCAUAUGAAAACAUAUUCAGCCUGAGAAAUAAAUAAGUACUUAUCCAGAA